AUGAGCUUGAAUACCGGCCAAAAUGGCGUCGGCGGCACGAACCCGCCCGCCCUGACAAUUCAAGACGGCUUCGAAGAUUUCGGCAAGCAGAGUCGAGCGCCAUCCGGUAGCUCCAUCUUGGAUGAGGGUGCGAUUGAAGAGCACGGACGAACGUAUCACUCGUACAAGCAGGGCACAUAUCUCUUACCCAACGACGGCGCGGAGCAAGACCGGCUCGACUUGCAACAUGCUGCAGUCAGCCUCCUCCUGGACGGCAAGCUCGCAUGGGCACCCGUCGUGGAGCCCAAGAACGUGCUGGAUGUGGGCACGGGCACGGGCAUCUGGGCGAUUGAAUAUGCCAAGAGACACCCGGAUUGCGCUGUCAUCGGGAGUGAUUUGAGCAUGAUCCAGCCCACCGACGCGGCGGCCAACUGCUCCUUUGUCAAGGAAGACGCGGAGAACGACGAAUGGGCCUACCAAUGCGACUUCUUCGACUAUGUCCACCUGCGGCUUCUGUUCACGUGCUUCGGCGACAUUCGCCCCGUGUUGCGCAACGUAUACAAGCAUCUCAAGCCGGGGGGCUGGGUUGAGUUCCAGGACCAUACCCCGGAGGUGUUCUCGUCGGACGGAAGCAGCAGCGGCACCGCGAUGGAGAGGUUCGGUGAAACGCUUGCCAAGGGCCUGGCAGCUUAUGGACGAGAUGCAACGCGCAUGAAACAUCUCAAGGAUGUGCUCGCCGCGGAAGGAUACAUCGACAUCGUCGAGAAGGUAUUGCCGUAUCCGGUGGGAGACUGGCCAAAGCACCCCAAGUAUCGCGAUGUUGGCAAGUGGAUGGCUGAGAACGUGGUAAGGGGCCUCGAGGGGUCGGUGAAGAUGCUUCUGGCGGGGGGGCUGUCCACGGCUGAUGUGCAUGACCUCGUGGCGCAGGUAAAGCUCGAGAUACAGAGCGGUCAUGUGCAUGCAUACAUGCCAUUUUACGUUGUAUAUGCCCGCAAGGGAGACUGA